AUGUUGACCUUGGGAUUCUCCGUUUGCCAGGCUCUUCUCGAUGUCUUGGAAGCUGAGGUUAUUCAGACACCAACAGAACCCCAAGAGUGGUGGCAGGUGUCAGACCGAUUCCAACAGAGAUGGCAAUUCCCACAUGCCUGGGGCGCUCUUGAUGGCAAGCAUAUUGCUAUUAAGAAACCCCCCAGAUUGGGCUCCACCUACCACAAAUACAAGGGGUUUUACUCCAUUGUGUUGAUGGCGUUGGUAGAUGCGGACUACAAGUUCCGGUGGAUACAGGUUGGUGAUGUAGGCUCCAGUUCCGAUGGGCAGAUAUGGAACCACUGCGAGCUGCGCCAAGCCAUAGAGGACGGUGUCAUCGGCAUCCCAGAUGCAGAGCCACUAUCACACGAUGAUGUGGACACCCCAUUCUACAUCAUCGCUGAUGAUGCCUUUGCCAUGAGGACCUGGAUGAUGAAGCCAUUCGGCCGCAGGGGUCUUGACCACGAUGAGCUGGUCUUCAACUACCGCCAUUCCAGAGCUCGUCGUGUGGUGGAGAAUGCGUUUGGGCUCCUUGCAAACCGCUUCCGUUGUCUGCUGAGCACCCUGCAGGUGGACAUAGAUACAGUGAACCUCAUAGUCCGGACCUGCGUAGUCCUUCACAACUUCUUGCAGGAGAGAAUUGCUGAUGCCCAUGUGUUGGACCAGGAGAAUGCCAACUACAACGUUGUCCCUGGUGCCUGGCGCGACAAUGCCAACCUGCCGGACCUCCACCAACCUCAGGGUGGUAACCGGGACACCGCGGAUGCGAAGCUCCAGCGCAUAUACCUGAAGCACUACUUUGUGUCACCGGCGGGAUCAGUGGCAUGGCAGGAUGUCAAUCUGCGCCAGUACUGA